AUGCCCAGCUCCAUCUACCAGCCCGAGGCGGGGGAGGCAGCCCGCUGCCCCCCUCCCUGCCGGGGGCUGCGGAGCCCCCCGCCGCCGCCCGCCGCCGGGGCCGAGGAACAGCCGCUGCUGGAGCCCGAGCCGGAGAGCGGGGGGCAGCGGCAGCAGCAGCCCCCGCCCGAGCAGGAAGAAGCGGCAGCGGCGCUGAGGUUUGCCCUGGACCAGCUCUCCAUCUUGGGGCUGGAGGAGGAGGAGGCAGAAGAAAGGGGGAUCGAAGGAGGAGGAGUGGAGGAGGAGGUGCUGGAGCUUGGGGAUGGAGGGCUGGAUGAAAUGGACCAUGGGUCAGGGCUGGACAGGGGAGUUGGGAUGCUGGGGGGGCUGCCAAUGUUGGAUCCAGAUGUGAGCCCCUCCACCUCCAGCAUCACUUCCCCUCCAGAUGUGUUCAGCAACUUUCACCCCCACCUGGGCCACCACCACUCCAUCUUGGCUGAACAGAUGAGCAUCAUUGGAAGCAGAAAGAAGAGCGUGAACAUGACUGAGUGUGUCCCUGUCCCCAGCUCUGAACAUGUAGCGGAGAUUGUGGGGAGACAAGGCUGUAAGAUCAAAGCCCUGCGUGCGAAAACCAACACCUACAUCAAGACGCCAGUCAGAGGGGAGGAGCCCAUCUUCAUCGUGACCGGGAGGAAAGAGGAUGUGGAAAUGGCCAAGAGGGAGAUCCUCUCAGCUGCUGAACACUUCUCCAUGAUCCGAGCAACUCGCAACAAGGUCAGCGGCCUGACAGGAACUGUGCAGGGUCCCCCCAACCUGCCAGGGCAGACCACCAUCCAGGUGAGAGUCCCCUACCGGGUGGUGGGCCUGGUAGUAGGACCCAAGGGGGCCACCAUCAAGAGGAUCCAGCAGCAGACGCACACGUACAUCGUCACGCCCAGCCGAGACAAAGAGCCUGUCUUCGAGGUGACGGGGAUGCCUGAGAACGUGGACCGGGCCCGGGAGGAGAUCGAAGCCCACAUCACCAUGAGGACAGGCUCCUUCAUUGACGUCAGCGCAGACAACGACUUCCACUCCAAUGGCACCGACGUCUGCCUCGACCUGCUGGGCAGCACGGCCAGCCUCUGGGCCAAAGCCCCCAACCCCGCCCGCAGGCCCUCGUCCGGCCUUCGCAACGACAGCCUGAGCUCCCUGGGCAGCACCUCCACCGAGUCCUACUACAGCGGCCGGGUGGCCGACGCCAGCCCAACCAGCCCGUACAGCACCAGCAAUGGCUUCAACUUCAGCGAGUCCCAGGCGCCGCCGCUCAGCUCCGAAGACUCUGACUUCGGCUUCGAUUUCCUGGCCCUGGACCUCACCACGCCCACCACCAUCUGGUCUCCCUUCGAGCGCUCCAACCCCCUGCAGGCCUUCAGCAGCUGCUCCUCCAUCAACGGCUCGCAGAGACGUAACAGCAGCAUCAGCAGGACGGCCACGCCCCGGCACUCCCCCACCCUCCCAGAGAACAGCGUCGCACUGGACCACCCCCUAGCCCGCCGCAUCCAGAGCGACCCGGUCAGCACCCUGUCCUGGCUGCCCACCCAGGGCUCACUCUCCUCCUUCUCCAACAGCACAGGCUACUCCUCCUCCUCCUCCCUGCCGGGCAGCAUCUCCGGCACCUCAGGCUCCCCCACGGAUUCCAGCAGCUCUGACGGGCACCGGAAGAGCUCCCGGGAGUGCAUGGUGUGUUUCGAAAGUGAGGUCAUCGCUGCCCUCGUGCCCUGCGGCCACAACCUCUUCUGCAUGGAGUGCGCCAUCCGCAUCUGCGGCAAAGCCGAGCCGGAGUGCCCUGCCUGCCACACCCCGGCCACUCAAGCCAUCCACAUCUUCUCCUAGCUGUCCAUCCGGAGUCCCAUCGGAUGGGCCGCCACCCCCCACCCCCACCCCUCUCCCUACAACACAGCUUUUUAAGAACUUUUAACUGUUUAAAUCAACCUUUUUAUUUAAGGGAUUGGAUUGGGACUGCGGGUGGGGAGGGUGAAAGACGAUGUUUCUUGCUGGGUAGAAAGCUGGAGAGGAAGAUCACGGGGUGGGAGGGGGAAGAAGGGACGAGGAAAAUGACAGGAAAGAGGGGCGUGAAAUUGCAAAAGGGAGAAAAAAAAUCAAAUGUUUACAGAAUAGCUUUAACUCUGAACCCAGAUGUGGAGGCUGGGGAGGAGAACGAGCAGCUGUUCUUCAACAGUUCUUUCCAAAUAACAGUAUUCAGUUUGCAAAGUGAAAUAAACAGAAAGAAAAGG